AUGUUUGGAUCUGGUUUUGGACCACCCAUUGUUGUUGAUCCCAAUGACUCCAUCACCCCCAACCCGCCCUUUCCUCCCUUUACACUCUGGAGUCUGAGUCUGAGGUGGGCUUUGCCUUCCCUCUUUCGGCUGUUUCUGGUCUUAGCUUGGAGCACCUGCCGCGAGACAACCCCGCUCCUUUCCCAAUUCGACAAGGCAAGCAAGAGCCGCCUUCCCAGUUACGGACUCGUCGUUGAUGAUCGUCAACUCGUCGCUUCCUUCUUCGCUCGUCUUAUUGUCCGUUUGGCAUCUGCCGCUUCCGAUCCGCCAUCAUCCACGGGCCAUCUCAUGGGCUUCGAAACCGCUCGGCCGAGGCAUCGCAUUUCCAAUAUCCCCGAGUUCCAAACAGACAAGCAAGCCCGUCCUUCUGCCAUGAUUACCAUCAACGCUGUGCCUGUUUUGCCCGUUCGGGUGGGACCCCGAAAUGCCCCAAUGCUCCCUCAAUAUCGUGCCGAAGGGCUGAAGCCUGUUUUUUUGCGAUGCUCCAGGCCGCGUGCAUUCAGGGCAGCAUUUCUCUCCGUGUUCAUCUGGAUAUGCGGGAGCGUUGGGGAUGGGACGACCAUAAUCACUUGGCGCGCUCCACUGCAUCACAACAUGGGAAUUAUCGAAUUGUUUUGGCUGCGCCGCUCGAGUUACAACACAUCCACGAACUUUGGAUCCACGCAUGAAGACACGGCACCACACACGGCACCUCACGGCAGGCAGCUACUCCGACUAAUAUUUGAUUCGACUCACGAUGUCGAAGACGAUCCGACCCCAUCGGUGGGACAGAAGAUGAGAGACGAGACUCACGAGAAUGAUCUUACCAUCAAUCGACCGCGAUGGCAGGCGUCCCUAGCCCAGUACCGGAAGGCGUCCGCUCCGCUCCUGCGCUCCGUCUUUUGGAUUCCCGCCGAGCUCGGCGAUAUUCCCGCUCACUCUUUAUCGAUAAAGCAAGCCAUCGAAUCGAGCGAGCUUUCCCUCCUCAUCCUCAACAAACGGAAGCGCACCAUCACUCGCAUGCCGCAUGACGGCAUCAACAUGUCAACCGCCGCAAUCAGCAACCAGCUGCUAACCCCCCCCUCAUUCGACCAUGUCCCACCACUCAAAGAGCGCCCUUCUCUCUACCUCACCGAAGAGCACAAGGUAGGUAGAGGUCAGAGAAGCGCCUCCGUGCAACGCCCCUACAUUGACGCAAGAGCCCCUCCAUACUGA